AUGGCAGGCAAAUGCACAACCACAAAAGUGCAAGACAAAAUCUAUUUCAGAAUAUGCACAUCUGUCCCCAUCAGCCAGGUCUCACCAUAUGGUUACCCACCCGCAGCGCCACCGACUCCUUAUCCGACAAUGCCGUAUGCAUCUCCAACUGAAUACAAGUCAUCAUAUCCUACUGCCACAGUGCCGUAUCGGCCUACUCCAAUCGGCGGUUAUCCUCCACAGUUCCCUGCCGCAGGUUACCCUCCACAAGCCCCUCUGGCUGGUUAUCCACAACAAACAUACCCGCUUCACCUUCAGGCCUCAACUAUUUAUCCACCAGCUCCAACCGGAAUCUAUCCCCCACCACCGCCACCCUAUUGA